AGGAGGUUGUAAAAUUUUGUCCUGUGUAGAAUUUUUGAUUGUUGCGCAGACGUCAUUUUUUUAUAAUUGUUGUUACAGAAUGGGUUUCCGCACCAAUCGGUGACCAGCGACAUCUGGUGGUACUACAUGGUCUCGUUAUCCUUCUACUGGUCCCUGUGCGUCAGCCAGUUCUUUGACGUUAGGCGGAAAGACUUCUGGCAGAUGUUCAUCCACCACAUCGCCGCCAUACUCCUGAUGUCCCUCUCCUGGAUGGUCAACGUCUUCCGCAUAGGCUGCCUCGUCCUGGUGGUGCACGACAGCGCCGACAUAUUCUUAGAGGGCGCAAAGAUGGCGAAGUAUGCCGGGUAUCAGAAAUUGUGCGACGCCAUUUUCGCUAUUCUCACCGUCCUUUGGAUCCUGACCAGGCUGGUGAUCUAUCCGUUCUGGAUAAUUCGCAACACAUCGAUCGACGCCCCGAAGGUCGUGCCCAUGUUCCCCGCCUACUACAUCUUCAACAGCCUGCUGAUCCUGCUGCUGGUGCUGCACUGCUUCUGGACCUACCUGCUGUUGAAGAUAGCGUACAACUCGCUGAAGGCCGGUCAGAUGGAGGGGGACAUCCGUUCGAGCAGCGACGACUACAGCGAGGAGUCCAAGUCCCAAUGAUGACUAAGACUCCUAGCCAAAUAGCCGUAGUUGUUUGUGUUUCGCGUCCGGGGCCCCGUCCGACGCGAGGCCGUCUGCGACUUUCGUCCCUAGGAUAGGAUUUGCCCCGGGCGGCCCCCCCAAAGAUUAUUAUUUAUUGGAUCGGAUGUUGCAGCUUGUCGUCGUCGUCAUGACGUCCAUCGAGGAGCACGGGCCGAGGUGGCGACGUUCACUCGGCUUUCAUUAUUAAUUCAUUUAGUGUCGUUUCAUGAUUUUUUUUCUAGUUCGAAUCGCGCGUACAUUCCAGUUGAAGGUGUACCCCGUCAGACAUCACAGAUUUUUUACGGUUUCGGCGGUGAUACAGUUGGAAGAUGUUGCAUUUGAUCGUAGCUUAAUUUGUUAAAACGUGAAGUAUUUGAUUUUUGUUUCUCGAAGUGAAUGUCUCUGUUUUCCAUUCUUUGUAUGUUGAGUACAAAACUAAAUUUUAAUGUUUGCUUUUUGUAUGUAAUAAAAAUCAUGUUUCUAUUAA